CUUGAUUUUCUCAUUCACUAAUUUUUGUGCUACUAUCUUCCUCAAAAUGUCAUUUGGGUAGUUUGCCAAGUUAUGCUUAUUUUCUGAAAAAUAUCCUCAACGUGUGCUCACCGUUCCUCUUGCCUAAGAAGUUCGUAAAUUUGGUUUGGCAAUAUAUAUCCUCCCCAAGAAUGAGGCUGCUUUAGAAGGGAAAAAGUUUUAACUGAUCAAUUCAAACCACUUAGAGGUGUUAGGGAGUGAGCCUUGGCUAGAAGAACAUAGAGAAACAAUGGAUGAAUCAAACGAGAAUGUAUCAUCUCAAGAAGUUAUUACACAAGACAACAUUCGAAGAUCAGCAAAUUAUAAACCCAACAUUUGGAAAUACGACUUUCUGCAGUCACUUGCCAGUAAAUAUGAUGAGGAAGAAUAUGUUAUGCAGUUAAAGAAGCAGGUGAUUGAUGUAAAGGAUCUUUUUGGUCAAGAGGUGGGUGAUCUGCGAAAAUUAGAGUUGGUUGAUUGGAUCCAAAAACUAGGCCUGGCUAACCACUUUCAAAAGGAAAUCAAUGACCUUCUCGAAUCUAUGUUCGUCUAUGUCAAAAGUGGCAACAAUAAUCCUAGUACAGCACAACACAUACAUGUAUUUGCCCUAUGCUUCAGACUUCUGAGACAACAAGGAUACACUGUUGAUCCCGAUAUACUAAGCAGCAUUUUAGAUGGAAAUGGUGAAAUGAUAAUGAGGAAAAGCUCAUGUGCUAGCCAAGCUAAAGAUGUUAUGGAGCUUCUUGAGGCCACGCAUUUGGGCUUAGAAGGAGAAAAAAUCUUGGGUGAGGUCAAAAGUUGUGCAAUAAAUUUUCUCAAGAAGGUUUGCUCUCCUAGUUCCAUCAACAUCAACAAACUCUCUAAUCCAAGUGUUGAAAGGAUGGUCCAUGCAUUGGAGCUUCCAUCCCAUUGGAGGGUACCAUGGUUUGAGGUUAAAUGGCACGUCAAGCAAUACGAAAAGGAGAUACAAAUUGACCCUAUAUUACUUGAAUUGGCUAAACUAAAUUUCAACAUGAUUCAGGCCAAACAUCAAAUGGAGAUCAAGGAACUAUCUAGGUGGUGGGAGAACCUUGGCAUAAAAGAAAGCUUGAGCUUUGCAAGAAAUAGAUUGGUUGAAAGCUUCAUGUGUGCAAUAGGAGUUGCUUUUGAGACUAAUUAUAAAUUAGUCAGGAAAUGGCUCACUAAAGUGGUUAUUUUUGUACUAGUGAUCGAUGAUGUUUAUGAUAUACAUGCCUCAUUUGAAGAGUUGAAGUUGUUCACAAUGGCAUUUGAGAGAUGGGACGACAAUGAUCUUGAAGAACUUCCUGAGUUCAUGAGAAUUUGCAUCCAAGCACUUAAAGACGUCACAAAUGAAAUCGCUUACGAAAUUGGUGGAGAAAAUAACUUUCACUUGGUGUUGCCUUACCUAAAGAAAGUGUGGAUCAACUUUUGCAAAGCAUUACACGUGGAAGCAAAGUGGUCCAAUGAGGGAUAUAUUCCAUCGUUGCAAGAAUAUCUAAGCAAUGCUUGGAUUUCAUCUUCGGGGCCAAUAAUUCUACUCCAUUCAUAUUUUGCUACAAUCAAUCAAGUAAGGGGUGCAAUGAUAGACGAUUUUCUACACACUAAUGAAGAUUUGAUCUACAAUGUAUCUCUAGUAAUUCGACUGUGCAAUGAUUUGGGGACCACAAUGGCUGAAAGAGAGAGAGGUGAUAAUGCUUCAUCGAUCGUGUGCUACAUGCAUGAGAGAGAUGUUUCAGAGGAAAAAGCAAGAAAGCAUAUACAAGACAUCAUAAACAAAGCAUGGACAAAGAUAAAUGGACAUUGCUUCACUCGAGUGGAGCCAUUUCUUACUCAAGCUAUGAAUGCAGCACGUGUGGCCCAUGCCCUUUAUCAAAAUGGUGAUGGGUUUGGUAUCCAAGACCGAGAUAUCAAAACACAUAUUUUAUCACUAGUUGUUGAAUCCCUUUAGAACUUUAUCACAAUAUACAAUACUUUCCCUUUCGUUCUUGUGACAAUAAUGUAAACUAAAUGCAUACAAUAUUUGUUUCUUAUACAAGUAAAUAGACAUUACAUAUUUAUUGUAA